AUGAAUCAACAGCGAUUCUUAAUUACACCGAAAGAUUCUUGUGUUAGUGAUCGCUCAGAAAAUUUGUUAUAUGCAACAACGAACAAUCAUUAUUCAACUCUUCAACAAACACAUUCAUCAUCUAUAUUCAACGCUAAUUAUUCAGAAAACUUUCAACAAAACGUACACAAUAAUUCUUCAAUAAAUUCACAACGUGUAACUUCUUGUAAUAGUGUUUCACGUUCCAAACCCGUUGUACGACCACGUAUUGAAACUGCUCAUCUAUAUUACGACACGGAUUUUUCUUGUUACGAAGAAAGCAAUUUUCGUGAUUAUCAAACAGAGAAACCAUUAAAUCAUAAUCAACAAUUGUAUUCAGUGGAGGAGCAUCACGACGAUUUCAGUCUUCGUGCACCAAAAGAUUCAACAGAUUAUCAUCAUCUAAACAUUGCUAUUCCUGAUAAUCAUUUUAACGAGCAAAUAAGAAAUUCAAAGCUUGCUGAAGAAGUUAAUUUAUUAAUUACUUCCCAUUUAAAUCCAUCCAUCAAUUCACAUUUACAAAGCACUGAAAAAAAGAUUUUUUCCGUAGAUCGAACAACAAAUCAGUUAACACAAAACGCGCCCAGAUAUUCCAAUCGGAUAGAAUUAACCGAUCAAUUUUCUUGUGAUAUUUCAAAAACAGAUCGCCUGCCAAUUAAAAAACCCCAAAUCUAUCACGCUCACGAUAGACGAGUUGAGCGUUUAACAUAUCGUCCAACUGAUAAUCAGCACACGAACGUGAUAUAUCCAAUUGUUGAAUUAUCAAUACCAAAGGAAGCAUCCAAUGAAGAUGCAUUAAUUGAUGUUCCAUACAUCGAUCAAGACACUAAUUGGAAUUAUCUGUCACGAAACGAUUCAGAGUCAAAUAAUUAUCGAAUCAAACAUCAAACAAAUAUUUCGUCAUCUCAUGGUGCAACUUCACUGAUCGCUCCUAAAUACAAUCAUUCGUUCAGCUGUAGAGAGCAUACAGGAAGCGGUGAUAUCCAAAGUACGUCAAAAUCUCCAACACUUACCGUUGAUUAUUCCAGUUUAGACGCAUUUCUGGACGAAUCAUUAUUACAGGAAAAAGGAAACAUGUCAAAAUCAACGAAAGAAUGGCGAUCAUCAUUUUCAACGAUGCGAAAUCGUUUUGGUAACACUGGGCAAUCAUCGGAUAAGACAAUGUCCAAUAGUUAUGAUUUUGCCACAAAUGGAUCGACGACUUCACCAAAAAGAAUGCUUGCAAAAUCAGCAAGUCAAGGGAAUAUUACAGUUAAUGAACAUUUGGUUUCCAAUGGAAGACGAAAAUCACUUCUUGCUAGUGCAGUUGAGCGACGUCGUGCUGCCGAAGCGCCGGAAUUACAACGUCCGGCAUCACGUCGAGAAUUGGGUGAUUUUUGGGCCGCAACUAUCAAAAAUCGUCCGGUAGCUCCACGUAUCUCAUCACCACUAACAGCUGCUCAACGUGUGGAAUUAUUAAGUGAACCGGCUAGUGAAAGUGGUACAGGUCGAUCAGGUCGACGAUUUUUCGGCGAUAAUUUGGAAAAGCGAAAAGCAAAUUUUUUGCAAGCAGCCAAAAAUUCAUCACCAGUAACGGAUCGUGUUAUUAACAGACGAUCAAUUAACGUUCCUUCAGUUAAUAUGGAAAUCAAAGAAAACAACAUCGAUGGAGGUAUUACUGAGCCAAAUUUUGCAUCAUUAGAUAGUGCCGUAGCGGAACUUAAUAAUAGCGAUUAUGCGCUUAAUCGAAGCAGUGGAUGUGCUAAAUUUCCGCUUGAUGAUCUAUCUACGUCCACUUCAAUUGGUAAAAGAGAAUCAUCAACAACAUUAAUGAAUGGUACAUUAUUAAUGCAUAGUCCAAGCCCUGAAGCUACAAGUGAUGCAAGUUCCAGUUAUAAUGCUCCAAGUGGUUUACCACAUCCAAAACCCAAACAUAAUAUACGUGAACAAUUAAUCCAAGCUGGAUUUGAACCACGUGGAACAGCAAUCUAUGUGAAUCGUAGUGGCGUACGUUUUGGAAGUGCACCAAAUUUUCCGAUACCUUCCAAUGGUAGCGUUGCAUUGCGUAUAUCUGAAUUUGAGAAAAAACCGGGUGCACCGAAUUUACGAAUUGCUUGUGCAUUAAAUAGUGGCGAACGACAAAGAAAUGAGGCUUCACCAGUUAGGUCACCAUUGGGACCAAUGUCACCUCGAUCAUCAGUAUAUCGUACCAAACCGGUAAUUCAUGCUGAUAUAAGUGGUACAUCAUCACGCUUAAUUCAACCAUUAACCGAUAAGAAAUCAGUCUUUGAAUUUCCACAAUCCAAACAACUUAUCGAACCUAAGGAAGAAAUUUCAUAUCAAAAUAUUGAAAAUACUCCAACCACAACGACAAAUGCAGAAAUAGCAACAGACGAUCAAUUUAUGAUCUUAGAGUUGCAAGAAGCCAAAAACUUUGUACUUCAAUCACCGAUAAAGUCUUCUAAAAUCAAAAACAAAGCAAGUGGUCAAAAUGAAAAUUUAAAAUCGUGUCAAAGCAUUGCGGAACGACGUAUGGAGAAGAAGAAUGCAAUGACAAAAACGAGCAUCAAUAAACCAUGCAGUAAUAUCAAUGUUGGAAAAACUUUGCAGAAUGGAGUUAAAGGAAUCGGAAUGGAACCGGAAUGGCCUAAAACUCCUCCUUUACCAAAAGUGCAAAUUGUUGAUGUUCCAAGAUUCUUUUUCCCGAAAGGAGUUCCCAUUUCGAUAUCCGAGAAUGAAGCAGCAGUGAGGCGAGUUAGCGAUGUAUUUAGUGGUAUUGGAAAUAAGGUGGAAAUGAUCGAUAUGGCCGAAGUAUGUAGAGCAGCCGGUAUUCCAAUCUACUGGAAGCGAGCUGUUUUUGAUUCCUGCUGUAGCAAUCCGUCGAGAUCAAUUACAUUUGCUGAUUUUGCUUCCUGGUGGAAUAGAAUGACUUUAGCGGCACAUGAUGAAGCAGCCCGUUUUGUGUAUACUUUAGCUGGGCCUCAUCGAAAUUAUUUAACCAAAGAAGAUCUGGCACCAAUCCUUAAAGAUCUCAUCGAAACCUUCCCAGGGUUGCAUUUCCUUCGUGAAGCUGAGGAAUUUCAUUCGAGAUAUAUUGAAACGGUAAUAGUAAGGAUAUUUUGGGCAGUCAAUAGAUCAUGGACUGGACGAAUUACAAUUAAUGAACUGCGACGAUCGAAUUUCCUAGAGACAGUUAGGAAGUUGGAAACAACGGAUGAUAUCAAUGCGAUAACAAAUUACUUUAGCUACGAACACUUCUAUGUAAUUUAUUGCAAAUUUUAUGAAUUGGAUAAAGAUCACGACUUAAUUAUCAGCAAAAUCGACAUGUCACAACAUUGUAACGGAGCACUUCCACCACAAAUUAUCGAUAGGAUAUUUAGCGGAGCAGUGACAAGAUCGCCAGCGGGAAAACGUAUCCGCGAAGCGCUUGAAACUAUCGGUUACACGGAUUUUGUAGCAUUUCUGUUGGCUGAAGAAGAUAAAAGGCAUCCUACCAGCGUGGAAUAUUGGUUUCGAUGCUUAGAUUUAGAUGGUGAUGGUUUAUUAUCAAUGUACGAGAUGGAAUAUUUCUACAACGGUAUUAAAAAUAAAAUGGAUCAACAUAAUAUCGAUUCCAUGCGUUUCGAUGAUGUAGUUUGUAAUCUGUUAGAUCUAAUACGACCGAGGCAACCGAAUGUCGUUUCAUUAUCGGAUCUAAAGAAGUGUCCUUUAUGUGCCAGGUUUUUCAAUACAUUUGUUAACUGGGUCAAGUACUAUGAACAGGAAGCCAGUGAAGGAGAACGAGCUACAGUGACUGAUGGUGAAGAAGAAUUGAACGAGUGGGAUAGGUACUGCUUAGAGGAGUAUGAAGCAUUAAUGGCAGAUGAUCAAGAUAAUGAUGAGCUUGAGGAUAUUAACUUAAACUUGGACGACGAUGAUGACCUGCUAAUUGGUAGCAACGUUAACACGACGGUCAAUUUAUCAUUGCUCGAAUUUGGCAAUUCUCAGCGAACAAAAAUUUUAGAAGCAAUAUGA